UUGUUAGUCAACCGACAGCCGCUUGACAGCACUGUUUAAUUUAUCGAAUAUUUUAAAUUUAUAUCGGGCCGUUUACUCGUUUAAAACGAUACUAUCGCUGAUGGUUUUUCAGCUCUAGAAUAAAUUUGUUAUUAUUUUUUUAGCCGGUGAGAAAUCCUGAAAUGCGCUUUCUUUAUGCCUGCUUUGUGAUCGUGCUGUGCGCCCUGAUCUUCUGCGAAUAUGUGGCGGACUUUGUGGUGCUGCAAAAGUGCAAGUGGCCGGAGAUAAAGCGAAAGAAGUAUGUGGACGAUCCGCUUAGGGCAAUGAUUCUAGCGGAUCCGCAUCUGCUGGGACCGCAUCGUGGUCACUGGCUGGACAAGCUCUACCGGGAGUGGCACAUGACGCGGGCCUUUCAGGCGGCAUCACGUCUGUUCCAGCCCGACGUGGUCUUCGUCUUGGGCGAUUUGUUCGACGAGGGCGACAUGGUCAGCGACAAGCAGUUCCAGGAAUAUGUGUGGCGCUACCUGAAGAUGUUCCACCUACCACCGGGAAUUCCGCUCAUCAGUGUCGCGGGAAAUCAUGACGUGGGCUUCCAUUACAAAAUGCAUCCCUUCUUUAUGUCGCGUUUUGAGAGUUAUCUGAACAACUCCUCGGUCAAUUUGUACACCAUUAAACAAAUCCAUUUUGUGGUGAUAAAUUCGAUGGCUAUGGAAGGUGAUGGUUGCAUGUUUUGCACCCAGGCCGAGGAUCAGUUGAAAAACAUUUCGAGGACUUUGUACUGCAUGAAGUAUCCACUAGAGGCGGAGUGCGCUCGCACCAGGCGGCACCCGUACAGCCAGCCAAUUCUAUUGCAGCACUUUCCCACCUACCGCAUUUCGGAUACCAUGUGCGAGGAGCACGAUGCUCCGUACAUCGAGGCGUUCCGAGAGCGGUUUCAUGUGCUCUCCAAGGAUGCCACGGAUAUGCUGGGAGAGCUGCUUAAGCCAAGGCUGGCAUUCGCCGGUCAUUCACAUCACUUCUGUCACAGUGUAAAUCGACUGGGCAUCGAUGAGUACACGGUGGCCUCAUUCAGCUGGCGAAACAAAGUUAAUCCCAGCUUUAUGCUGGCCACUAUAACCCCCGAUGACUAUGUGGUUUCCAAGUGCAAAAUGCUGCCACAGCAGUUUGUCUUCAAUAGCUAUCUGAGUGCUGGCAUUCUUUGCCUAAUUGUCAUCGGGUUCCAGCUACGAAAGUGCAUCCAAAGCAGAAGACAGUCGUCGGCUGUAGAUCAUCGGAAGGUUAAUUAACUAGAUACGCCAGAUUCCAGACUCAGAUCCCAGAUCCAGAUCCAGACAGAGGUCAUAUCAUUCCUGCUGCUUUGCAACCGCUUAACUAUAUUCUAGGUGUACAAAAUUCGGAUAGUAUGUAUGAUCUAUUUAUUGAAUUUAUCACAGACAUUAUGCUUGUAAAGUCAAACGGAAUACAUAAUGAGACACAGUCUGCUGACUACAAAUCGAAAAUGCCAAAAAAAUAAUGCUUGAACAAAGGCUGGAAAGUAAAGAACGGAUACAAACAGAACAAUUAAAUAAAGCUAUAUUAUAAUACAUU